AUGGAGACUAAGGAGAAAAAGAUUGAGCCCUGCCUGCCAGAGGGAAAAGUUUCAUUCAAAGGACGUCAGAUCGUAGAUAUAGACAUUCUCGCCAGAAGUAGCAUAGAGGCAAAAAUUGGCUUCAGAGGGUUGAAUCGGCUUUUAGCAUAUUUAAAUAUACCGUCAAUCGACCACAAGUUGUACGCAAGAUAUUUGACUUCUGUUAGAGCUGCAAUAACAAAAGUUGCCGAAGAAAGUUGUGCUGAAGCAAGACAAGAAGAACGCCGGUUGGUUAUUCAAAAUAUGAAAGACCUUCGUAUGGAAUUUCCAGAAGAAGUGACAAAGGAAAUAUAUCCGGAGAUGAUGGCUGCCAUUGAAGAAGAAGAAAAAGGUAGUAUCACCAGAUUUGAUGCUCACAACCUUGACUUCAUAGAAGAACUAAUAUUGGAUACUGGUCCUACUUCGUUUGACGAUGAGAUUCUCAAUUUAUUAAAUUUGGAAUUGACAGCAGAUCAUCUAGCAGAAUCGCUUCUAGAGGAUAAGAGGCUAGAAUUUUUAAGGAAAAAAGAUAAGGGCAGAAAUUAUAAACAGUAUGCAAGUUUUCUCAUAGAGGCAAAUCGAGACAAGAUUUCUUACUUUCUAAUCAUGGAUGUAAAUUCAAAAUUUUUAGGCUGCCAUGGACUUAAGCCUCAACUGUAUCCUAAUGUGACUGAGUUAGAAAUUAAUGAAGGAGAACCCCUAAACAUUACGUGCACAAGCAAUAGCUAUGUUAAUUUUUAUUUCCCUACCAGUGACGAAAGGGGAAGGACCACCUCUCAGCCUCUUAUAACACCAGAAAUCAGGAGUACCCACAAGACAUUCAUAAGAUUAUCAACCGUUUUUGGAGAUACUGGUUGGUAUGGUUGUGCUGAUGAAAGCAAACAAAUAACAAGUUUGACGUACAAAAACUACAGCGACCUAAGUAUCAGUUGGGUGUACGUUUAUGUUUUUGGACUAAGCGAAAAGAUCACUUUUGACUCCAAAACUGGUUUUGUCAUUAAAGAAGCAAAUUGGGGUACGGAUAGUACUUCCAGAAAAAUUAUAAAUACCGUUCGAGUAGAAGAAAAAGGAUUUUAUAAUUUAGUCAAUCUUAUAACGUCUGAGCUUAUUAUUAACAAUGUUACUCACGAUAAUAGAGGUAACUACACUUGUAAAAUAAGAUCUUCGUUUGAUGAAGAAGAGAGUCUUGAUACUCACGUUUGCGUGUUUGAUACUAAUAAACCAUACAUCAAUCUGACAUCUGAUAAUCUGAAUAUACACUCGGAUGAUGGUAAAUCAGUGACUUUUUUGGCUCUUGUUGAUGCAUGCCCAAUACCAACUUUGAAGUGGACUCACCCUGGUGGUUAUACAAUUCAUCCCUACUGGAGAAACUUAAGAAUGUCCAAUUAUGGAACGAUGAGCAAAUUGACUCUAUUAAACAUCGAUAAAGAUGACACGGGAUUUUUUACGCUUACAGCUAAACAUGAUAAAAUAGAAAAGGAUUUGAAAUUUUAUCUUGACGUUUAUGGUAAGCCAACGGUCAGAUUUGACAAAACUUACCUCACAUCUUACUACAGUUUUAAUAAAACUGCCAAGUUUGUUUGCCUUGUCGAUCGUCAUCCUAAGUCGAAUAUAUCCUGGACCAAAAUUAACUAUUGGACGAAAACGGAGACACUUGACCUAACAGAACAUAACUUACAGGGAAUAGAAACAGAUGUGCAAAAUAGCAAUUUCAAACAAAAGUCAACGGUAGAACUAAAACAGCUAGUAACAUCUGGUGUAAUAACAUGCACGGCUUGCAAUAGCUAUGGCUGUGCCUCUACGUCAAAGGAAAUUCGCAUAGCAGAUAAAGUAAAUAAACCAUAUUUUGGAAUCGUACAACCAAAUAGAAGUUUUCAUAAAGGUGACAAUAUUUCUCUAAUAUGUGCUGUUUUGACUCAUUCUUUCUCCAAAGUCGUAUGGUAUGAUGAAAACGGUCAGGUGGUACAUACUUCCGAAAGGAUAAACGUUACAACGAAGGUAACUAGAUUCAUAUAUCAAGCCAUUCUUACAAUCAAUAACGCCAGUGUAUCAGAUAGAAAGAAUUAUUAUUGCAAAAGAAUAGAAAGAUACAAUAGAUUUGUUGGAUAUCCUUCGCGCAAAAUACCUACAAAAUCAUACUUUCUCAACAUCAAUGAUCCACCUUCUUUUACACUUGUAAAUAUGAACGCUACAAAAAGAACAGUGAUGGCAAAGGAUUUUGAGAAUCCCCUGACAUUAUUAUGCCACGUUGGAGGGAUUCCAACCCCUAAGAUUACGUGGUCAAAAAACAAUGUACCUCUGAAGAUGUCAUCACAGUAUACUUUCGAGGACAACAAUCAAAAAUUAACUAUAAGAUACUUUUUUGAAAAAGAUUCUGGAAAUUAUUCAUGCCAUGCUAAGAACGAUUACGGAACAGUGGAAAAAUCACAAAUCAUUGUUGUGAAAGGUAACAAAAAUCAUUGCCAACAGUAA